AUGGGUAAUCGCCUUCCGGCACAGGCUGCAGGUGCUGUACCAGAUCGAGUCGAGAACGAGGUCAAGAAGGCAACAAGCCCAGAGCACCAGCAGCAGCAGCAGCAGCAGCAGCAGCAGCAGCACUCAGAUCAUCGUCAGCAUCAUCAUACGCCAAGGCCCUUUUCUGGCGCAUCACACCGCUCGCCGCUGCAUCGGGCAGGCCAUGCCAUCACCACCUUUGGCAGAUUUGUCGGGCCUGGGUUCAUGGUUGCUGUUGCCUACAUUGACCCUGGCAAUUACGCAACGGGCAUCAGCGCCGGCGCAACCUAUAGGUUCAGGCUGCUGUUCAUCAUCCUCCUCAGCAACCUGUUCGCCAUCCUCCUGCAGAGCCUGUGCAUCAAGCUGGGCACGGUCACGGGCCUGAACCUCGCAGAGGCCUGCCGGGCUCACCUCCCGCCCUGGCUCAACUUUGUCCUCUACAUCUUGGCCGAGGUCGCCAUCAUCGCCACCGACAUCGCAGAGGUCAUCGGCACGGCGAUCGCCAUCAACCUCCUCCUCCCACAGGUUCCGCUAGUGGCGGGCUGUGCCAUCUCGAUCCUGGACGUUAUGCUCAUCCUGCUGUUCUACAGCCCCAACGGCUCGAUGCGCGGCCUGCGGGCCUUUGAGGCCUUCGUCGUCGCCCUGGUCCUGGCCGUGGUCGUCUGCUUCUGCAUCCAGAUGUCCUUCAUCCAGAACGCCACCGCGGCCGAGGUCUUUCGUGGCUACCUUCCGUCCGCCGCCAUCGUCGAGCAGCAGGGCCUCUACCAGGCAUGUGGAAUCCUCGGGGCCACGGUGAUGCCGCACAGCCUCUAUCUAGGCUCGGGCAUGCCCCAGUCCCGGCUGAAGGAAUUUGACACCAAGCAAGGGUCUCUUCUCCUGGACGCCGUUGCCGCCGAUGGUAGGUUGACCACGGCGAAGAAGAAGAAGAAGACACCCUACAUCCCGUCGCUGGCGGCGAUUCGGCACUGCUGGAAGUAUUCGGUCACGGAGUUGGCGGUGUCGCUGUUCAGCUUCGCCCUGUUUAUCAACUCGGCCAUCCUCAUCAUCGCGGGCUCCUCGCUAUAUGGAUCCGAGGAGGCCCAGGGCGAUGACAUCUUUGCCAUCCACGGCCUCCUGACGCGAACUCUGGGAAAGGGCGCCGGGAUUCUCUUUGCGCUGGCCCUGCUGCUAUCGGGCGUGUCGGCGGGCAUCGUAUGCACGAUUGCGGGCCAGAUGGUCAGCGAGGGCGCGCUGGAUUGGCACAUGCGGCCCUGGCUGCGGCGGCUGAUGACGCGGUCCAUCAGCAUCACGCCCAGCAUCAUUAUCGCUGGUGCCGUGGGAAGAGACGGGCUUGAUGCCGCCCUGAACGGCUCGCAGGUGGUCCUGAGCGUGGUGCUCCCGUUUGUCUCGGCGCCCUUGAUCUAUUUCACCUGUAUGAGCAAGUACAUGAAGGUCAGCUCGGGACGGGCUCGAGGAGCACGACAGGCGGCGGCUGCUGUAGUGGGAGAAGGAGGAGGCGGAGAAGAAGAAGAAGAAGAUAAUGAUGACGAGGACUACCAACUUCCGGCUCUGACCACGACGGUUUCAGCAGGCGAGAAUGUCAAGAUGGCCAAUUCUAUACCAGUUGUUAUCAUAGCUGUAUUGGUCUGGCUGAUUAUUGCUGCCAUGAAUGUAGCCAACCUGGUAUUACUAGGUCUAGGAAAGGAGUAA